CACCAGCCAUGCUGCCGUGUGUUUGAGCGACUUUCUUGGUGCUUUAAUCUGCAGGUCGAUGCAUCACAAGGUAUCGUGCCAGGUGCUCUGCCUGAAUACUAAAGGAACAGAACUUUGUCGCUCUGUUCAAAAAGUCUUAAUUUGGAAGCAAUAAUUUGUGGACGACUGAAGCCCAAAUGGCAGAUAACACACGUCAUCGUAAGAAAGACGCCGACGGUGAGCACGCCUUAAUGAAUGAACUGAGAGCACUCAAUGACAAAAUGGAUAAAAUGCAGACAAAAAUGGACAAUAUGCAAAGCAAUAUUGAAACACAGAUGGAUAUAAAAAUAAACACCCUCCGGGGAAGCUUGGAAAAAAUCAUUUUUGACGGACAAGCUGCAUUUAAAAGUGAGCUGGAGAAGGCGGUGAAGGAAGUGCGCAAUAAUCUGGAUCUGGAAGUUUCAAUUAUGAGUUCAAGAAUGGACGAUAUUGAAACUAAAAUGAGGAACAGACAAGUGCGGGGAAAACCUUUUGACCCAGACGUGUCACUGAUUAUUGUCGGGCUGCCUCAAGCGGAUGGAGAAAAUCUCGAGGCUAAAGUGAAGGAGCUACUGCAGGAUGGAUUGCACUGUGACCCGGUGCCAACGCUGGUAGCCACGGAGCGCGUAAGGCAGAGAGGACGGCAACCAGGCCUGGUGAAAGUGGAGCUCGCAUCGGUGGAGGAUAAAGUGGCUGCUCUUCGUUUGAAGUCAAAGCUAAAAGAUCAUGGAAACUACAGGAGAGUUUAUGUGUCAUCUGCAAAGUCUCACGCGGAGAGACUCAUGGAGACAAACUUGCGCACCCUUUUGCGCGAGAUCCCGAUGGCUAAAGACUACUAUUCAGAUUAUAAGAACUUGUUUACCUGUAAUAGUAGUUCCCACUUGUUUGAUGACCAGUUUUUUCUGAAUAUGUGCAAAUCCAAAAAACUGCUUGAAGACAAUAAAAUUUCUCUGAACUACUCUGACAAAAUAAAUCAGGAUAUUACAAUUGAGGAAGUUCUGAAAGUCAUUGAGAAAACUAAACUUCAUAAAGCUGCUGGUGUGGAUGAACUAUCAAACGAGGUUCUUAAGUGUCCCAAAUUGUUAACUACUCUACAUUGUCUCUUUAGAUUCUGUUUUAAGAAUGGCUUUAUACCAUCUAUUUGGUAUAAAUCGAUCAUCAAGCCGAUUCCAAAAUCCCCUCAAGCAGACCCAAGAGUCCCUCUGAAUUAUAGAGGCAUUAGCCUUCUGAGUACUGUGUAUAAAGUGUUUUCUAGUAUUUUAAAUAAUCGGUUAUCUGAAUACCUAGAAACAAACGAAGUCCUUGUAGAGGAGCAGAAUGGAUUCAGGAGAAAUAGAGCAUGUAUUGACAAUAUUUACGUUUUGUCCUCUGUUGUGAGAGCUAGACUGCAAGAAAGUAAAAGUACCUUUGUUUGUUUUGUGGAUUUUAAAAAAGCAUUUGACUCGAUAGACAGAGAUCUUCUUCAAUAUAAAUUACUUACGUAUGGUAUUAAUGGUCAAUUUUAUAAAGCAAUUAAAGCUCUGUACAAGGCUCCAUUAGCCUGUGUGCAGGUGAAUGAUCUAAAAACAGGAUGGUUUUCCACACCAUUUGGAGUUAAACAAGGAGAUGUUCUUUCACCGACUCUUUUUUCUAUUUAUGUCAACGAUUUAGCUCAAGAAAUUAAGAAAACUAACUUGGGUAUUGAUAUCAAUAAUUGGAACUUGAGCAUAUUACUUUAUGCUGAUGAUAUUAUUUUGAUAGCGGAUGAGGAAAUAAAAUUACAAGGAAUGUUAAAUACAAUGAAUGACUGGUGUAACAAAUGGAGACUCACUAUCAAUAGUGACAAAACACAAAUCGUUCAUUUUAGAAAGCCUUUAGUACCUCAAAGUAAUUUUCUGUUUUAUUUUGGUAAAACUACUCUUAUGUAUACUGAUACCUAUAAAUAUCUUGGUUUUGUUUUUCAUAAAAAUAUGAUGUUCUCAGAAGGGAAGCAGCGGUUAUCAGAUUCUGCUGGGAGGGCACUUGGUGCAGUGAUAAAUAAGAUGAAGGUCUGUCCGGAGUUGAGUCUUGACACGUUUAGUAAAUUGUACGAUGCCAUGGUGGGGUCUGUGUUAUUUUAUUCUGCAGGAGUCUGGGGUUAUGAAGACGCUCCUGAGUGUGAUAAGGUUCAAUACAGGGCAAUGAGAUAUUUUCUGGGUGUACACAGGUUCACCACUAAAGCCGCCGUAGAGGGGGACAUGGGGUGGGAACCUUGUGUGAUCAAACAAAGAGCAGAAGUUCUCAGAUUAUGGAACCGGCUGGUGACUCUACCUGUAGAGAGAAUUGCACGUAAAAUAUUUGAUUGGGAUAGAGCUCAUAUGUAUCCCUGGUGUAAUGAUGUAUUUAACAUUCUGUCCUCUGUGAACUUACAAUCAUUAUUUUUCAAUUGUUUGAAAUGUAAGAUAGAUAAUGUUAAGGAAACUUUAGUUGGUUAUUAUGAAAAAGACUGGAAAAUGAAACUGCUUCAAAAACCAAAAUUACGAACUUAUUUGCAAAUUAAAGACACAUUUUCUGCUGAAUCAUAUGUUAUAUAUAACUUAAAAAGAGGACAAAGAUCCUUAUGUGCUCAACUGAGAGCAGGAGUGCUCCCCCUACAGGUGGAAGUAGGGCGCUUUAAAGGCAUUCCUGAGGAGGAAAGACUCUGUGAGGUCUGUGAGCUGCGAGUGGUGGAAGAUGAAUUUCAUUUUUUGUUUUAUUGUCCUUUGUAUGAGAAACAGAGACUUUGUAUGUAUGACGUUAUAGAAAAGAAAUGUCCUGAUUUGUUUUGGUUAUCUGAAGACAAAAUUUUACGUUGGCUUUUUGAAAAUGAAAUCUUUUGUUUGGCAAAUUUUGUGUCAAAAGCAUGGAUAAUAAGAAUGGACUCUAUGUAUUCUGUUAGACUCUGAGUAGGGGGGUUAUUGGUUAUGGGAUUCUUUUUGGGAUGGGGAUGUAUCUUUAUGUAUGGUGUAUCUUGUUUUGUUUUUUAGUGUCAUAUAAGCCCGUGUGGGCUGGGCACAUUAGUGCAUGACACUUAAAUAAAU